CGAGUGAGACGAAGGAAGGAAGAGGAGAGAGGAAAAUAUCGAUUUACGGCAAGAAAACCGAAGGGAGUGUAAUUCAGGGGGGCCUUUUACCCUACGUGAACUAUUAUUAAAAGUGAGGUUGGGGAAAUAAGGCAGUUGAUAAAAGUGCGAGGUUAUCUGCGGAUAUUUUUUUACCUGUGUAUCCGCCGGUGAGGAGGGAGGACACGCCAAAGGAGAGAGGAGAAGAUGCUGUGAUCUGCAGGGAUGUAGAGAGACGGGGGAGAGUCAGGGAGGGGGAGGACUACGCUACGCUAAAAUAUGGUUGUUUUGCUAGGAAUUUCACCUCGAAAUAUUGUGAGAAUGCGGAGGCCGUGUGAUAAAUCUAACCGUUUGGCGUUGAACUUCCGGAGGAGUCGGUUUUUUUGACAGCGAGACGGCCGUUGGUCCAUCCGUUGAAGCUAAAGCUAGCCUCGCUGCUGUGUGGGAGAGCGGCGGCGAGGCUAAAAUAUAGCAUGUUGUUGCACCUGUGAAAGGCCUGACAGAGAGAAUAAAACAGAUUUAAUUAUCAGUGCUAACAACCAACUGGCGUAUUUUGACAUUUUGUUGGUUAGACACGACCAGCAAAUGAUAUAAAUCUUUCCAACCUACGUGGAAAAACACGUUAACGUUCCUCUAAUACGAUAAUUUUCUUAUCAAGCGUAAUAUCUACUUAACGUCAUUAUACAAAUAAGCUAAUGUACAGGAGUAAAACUCUUUAGUUUGUCAUGUUUAUCUUUAGGGUAGUGUUCAGUAUUUAACGCAUACAACAGCCUUGUAACUGGCUGUCAUCUCAGUUUCUCUUCUUCAACGUUAUACAUGUUAACUGUGCUUCAGAACAACUAUAUUUAGCUUUGUGUAUUAACCAGAUUUGGAUAAAGAAUGUUCAUGUAUCACCCAUAUGUCAGCACCAUUUUGCAGUUUUUAAGCAUUCACCCAGUCAGUGUAUCAGUAUUAUCACUGAAAUAAAAUCUGCUAAAUUGAGCACCAUCUUGUAACUGUAUAAGCUGUAUAAUAUCACAGUGAUUGCAAUAGCCACUGUGCAGAUAGAGUAGUGUGUUAGCCUCCUUCAAGAGCAGUAUGAGUAAGGAACUGUCUCUGAGUCAGUCAGCUCAAUAUGUUGGGCCCUACCGACUGGAGAAAACACUGGGGAAGGGACAGACAGGACUGGUCAAGCUCGGGGUCCAUUGUAUUACGGGUCAGAAGGUAGCGGUCAAAAUAGUCAACAGAGAGAAGCUGUCUGAGUCAGUCCUGAUGAAGGUUGAGAGGGAGAUUGCCAUUCUGAAACUGAUUGAGCAUCCGCAUGUGUUGAAGCUGCAUGAUGUUUACGAGAAUAACAAAUACCUGUACCUGGUGUUGGAGCAUGUGUCGGGGGGGGAGCUGUUUGACUACCUGGUGAAGAAGGGCCGGCUGACUCCGAAAGAGGCCAGAAAGUUCUUCAGGCAGAUCAUCUCUGCUUUGGAUUUCUGCCACAGUCAUUCCAUCUGUCACAGAGACCUGAAGCCUGAGAACCUGCUCCUGGAUGAAAAGAACAACAUCCGUAUCGCUGACUUUGGCAUGGCCUCCCUACAGGUGGGGGACAGUCUGUUAGAGACCAGCUGUGGAUCACCACAUUAUGCUUGCCCUGAAGUCAUACGGGGAGAGAAAUAUGACGGGCGGAGAGCAGAUGUGUGGAGCUGUGGGGUCAUCCUUUUUGCUCUACUGGUGGGUGCCCUGCCCUUUGACCAUGACAAUUUACGGCAGCUCCUGGAGAAGGUGAAGAGCGGGGUGUUCCACAUGCCCCACUUCAUCCCCCCGGACUGUCAGUCCCUGCUGAAGGGUAUGAUUGAGGUCAACCCCGAAAAGAGGCUCACGCUAGAGGCCAUCCAGAAACACGCCUGGUAUCUGGGUGGUCGUAAUGAGCCGUGUCCCGAGCAACCUCCUCCCAGGCGAGUGUGUGUGAAGCGAAUCUCUUCCCUGACGGAGCUGGACCCAGAUGUGUUGGACAGCAUGCACUCGCUCGGAUGUUUCCGAGACCGAGGCAAGCUCACGCGUGAUUUGCAAUGUGAAGAAGAAAACCAGGAGAAGAUGAUCUAUUACCUGCUGCUGGACAGGAAAGAGCGCUACCCCAGCUAUGAGGACGAGGACUUGCCACCGCGCAAUGACGUAGCAGACCCUCCUCGAAAGCGCGUUGACUCUCCGAUGCUGACGCGCCACGGCCGCUGUCGCCCCGAGAGGAAAAGCCUCGAGGUGCUCAGUGUUACUGAGCAGGGGUCCCCUACCCCGCCUCGCAGGGCCCUGGACACAGCUGCACACAGCCAGAGGUCUCGCUCAGUCAGCGGAGCAUCAACCGGUCUCUCCUCCAGUCCUCUCAGCAGUCCCAGGUCCUAUCAAAGCCCCAUCUUCACUUUCAGCCAAUCAGACGUCACCUCAGCCACCGCCACCCUCCUCUCAAAGGAGUCCAAACAGGGAAACGCCACCACUCCUCGCUCCGCACGGGCUCAUGAAAAGCCCAAAGCUCCCCCCAACCCAAAGACCCAGACCCUGCCCACCAAGGGACCGGCCGACCGACCCCACCUGCAGCCCAUCAAAUCCCUGCCUCUGCACAACCCAUCCUCCCGCUCACCCUCCCCUUCUCCGCUCCUGUCACCCAUCCCUCGUUUCUUCUUCCCCUCGUCUUCUGUCCUUAAGUCAGUGACUAAGAGCUUCUACCCAAACUCUGCCCACUCUGUGCCGCAGGUUACCCCCCAGGGCUCUCCGUUGCCCACGCCCUUGGGCACCCCUGUCCACCACCCUCACCACCCCUCCUCUACCCCGCCCUCCUCUUCCUCGUCCUCAUCCUCCUCGCGGGCGGAGGGAGGGGGAGGGGUGGGCUCUCUGUCGCUGACCCCGCCCUCCAGUCCCGGGGGGGGAAGCGGCAUGGCGGCCAGCAGCUCCGCCCACUGGAGGACCCGCCUCAAUUCUUUCAAGAACAACCUGCUGGGCUCGCCGCGUUUCCAUCGGCGCAAGAUGCAGGAAGUGGCGCCGCAUGGCACCUCAACUGCCGACCCCUCUUCAGCAAUGAAAGUUCCUACAUCAGAAGACAUGUCCAGUCUAACACCAGAAUCCAGCCCUGAGCUGGCUAAGAAGUCGUGGUUCGGGAACUUCAUCGGCCUGGAGAAGGAGGAGCAGAUCUUCGUCGUGAUCAGAGACAAACCUCUGAGUUCGGUCAAAGCCGACAUCGUCCACGCAUUCCUGUCUAUCCCGUCGCUCAGUCACAGCGUUCUUUCACAGACCAGUUUUCGGGCCGAGUACAAGUCCUCCGCCGGCCCUUCUGUCUUCCAGAAGCCCGUCAAAUUCCAGGUGGACAUUUCUUUUUCCGAAGGCGAGAGGGAGCGAGAGAGGACCGAGAGGGAGGGCAGGAGGGAGACAGGAAUCUACAGCGUGACGUUCACCCUCAUUUCAGGUCCGAGUCGCAGGUUCAGACGAGUGGUGGAAACGAUUCAAGCCCAACUUCUCAGCUCUCAUGAUCAACCCAUGGCGCAAGCCCUAUCUGAUCCCUUCCCAGAUGAGAAGAACGGCCGGCCCCACGGGACCCCCACCCGCCAAAACUCGAGGCGCUCCGAGGGUGGGGGCGACAGGUGCGAGUGGGGCGACCGGGCGGACGGAGGAAGCAUCGGAGGCAGCGGUGGGGUCCUGCAGCGCAGAGGCUCGGCGAAAGAGAGAACCCGACUGCUGUCCUCCAACGGAACCCAAUCCCAACCGUAGGAGAGAAGUGAGUCAGCGCAGCGGGAUGCCUGAACCACAGCGGGAAGAGACUUCAUCUCCAAGUGUCCCUGCAAGCCAUGAGCUACUCCUUUUCUUGCUUGACUAAGUUAUUCAAGGUGCAAGGGUUGAGUAUUUCUCUGUCACGCUUUUUUCCCCCCCCAACUCCACAUUGUUUUGAUCUUCUGGAUCUCCAGGAUUCCUACCCCUUAAAUGAGAAGUGUUAAGGAGUCACCCUUUAAGGGAAAAAAUAUAAAUGUGAAUGAGCAGUUUGGUAUCCCUCAUAGAUACAGCUUCACAGAUCCAACUAGGAAUUUUGAAGUGCUAAUGUGCAUGCCAGUUAGCAAAUCAGCCUGCUAAAGGAUGCUGAAAUGAUAGGCUAGUCUACCAUAUCGUCGUAAUACAGUAUCUGACACCAAAAAGAAGUAACAGUCUUGUGACGGUUCUCAAGAUUACUCUUUAAAUUAACCAGUGCGCUCAUAUCAUUAUCAAGCAACAUGCAGUCCAUACUGAAAGAAAUAUAGAUGUAUCUCUGCAGAAGAACCCUAAGAGUUAGCAACCUGCUCCCACGACAGUGAGGAGCUGAGCAAGAGGUCCUGAUUUUCUCAGGAGAAACUACAGCCUGGAACUCCAGCGGUGUCUUCUCCUGAGCUAAAGAAAACCAACCAAGUAAGCUAAGUAAGUGAAUGUGAAAAUAAAUAUUUUUUUAUUUAGUUUGUAUUUAUUGUUUACAUAUUUAUUUCGAGGAUGUCAGUAGCACAGUGACGGCAGUACAGACAGAAACACUCGACAGUGCCGGAGAGGGGACGUUGCUUUAAGAAGGCGUUAAAGUUCAAUGUUUUGAUUCUUUUUGUAUUUUCUUUUUACUCAGAGACAAUAUGAAACAAUGCAUCUAAGAUUUUCACGUUGGACCCUUGUUGCUCUGAACAAAAGUAUUUUUUGAUUUGAACAGAAAUAUGAACAUAACUAUAUGAAGAAAAAAAAAACAUUAUGCGUGAAUUGUUCCAUGAACCUCAUCCCUGCUGUUUGAGGCCAGAGUGAGAAGAGCAUUCCUGGCCUGUGGAUCAAACAGACGCCACCUUUCUCGUCAAGCUUGUCUCCUAUUGCCAUAGUAUUUAUGUACUGACUCAGAACAAAAUGAAAAGACAACAAAAAAAAACACAAAGGAAAUUCAUCAAUGGACAUUUUCAUGAUGCCGGACUCUAAAGGCUUGCGAUGUCAAUUCCUCGUUGUGCAGGACUUCAAAAUGGGAAGCAAGCAAAGAGUCUCCUCACCCCGGGAUCCUCACUUCUUCAGUGUUCACCAACAAGCCAAGUAGUCCAUCACUGCACCCACGCUCACCACCAGAGAGUCGCACCAUCCUGCAAGCAGACGUAGCAGCUCGGACAGUCACGUAUUCCUCCAGCACUCGAUCAGACUUGUCGAUGUUUUUCACCAGUCUUCCAUACAGCACAAUAUGCAACAAAAGUGCAGAAUGUUUUCAGAGAGACACACAGUGCUACAGUUAUGGUUAUUAUUUCGUUUUUUUAUAUUUAUUCACUAACGUAUCCAUCUAUUUAUUUUUUAUUUUUUUGGUCAGGUGGUUGAUUGUGUCAUGUAUUUGAUUAGAUUUAAUGCCAACAAAAAGCUAAUACAAGUUACCUAUUUCAAUUCUCAUUAUCACUGUUUUUUGAGCAUUACUGACAAGUUGCUCUCAUCUUACCUCUCUGAUGAUAUUUGUUAUGUCAACAUCAUAUUUAUCGCGCUUAUCUCUGGUAACGUGUGUGUGUGUGUGUGUGUGUGUGUGUGUGUGUGUG